GUGCUAAUUUAAAAAUAGUAAAAAUUUUUUGUAAAUUUAAUAAACAAACAGUUAUUUUGUGUGUUUGCGUGUGUGAUGUGUGACUCUCGACAAUAUGUAUCGGAAUAUAAGCAAAUCAAGAGAUUAUUUGGACACUAUUUACAGAAAAGAGUGUGAAAAAAGUUGUGACAACAAAUCAGAGCCAUUGGCGCUCCAAGAAGUGGCUAUUUUGCACCGGGCGCUCAUUGCCGCUCGUGAAGGUGAUCUCCAUACUCUACAGUCUAUGAAAUCAGUUCUGGAGAGAUCGCAAAUAGUUAACGACGACUUCGGCGCUAACGUUGUCCACUACGCGGCCAGAAAUGGCAAUCAAAAAGUGUUAAAAUUUUUGAUACACUCGUGCAGAAUGAGUGCCACAUACCGUAACAAAUCGGGUGCAUUGCCCGCACACGAGGCCUCGGCUUUCGGCAAACUAAACGCUCUUUCGUGGCUCAUCACCAACACUGAUACAGGUCUUCAUGAAAGAGACCGCUUCGGACAAACUUAUCUUCAUUUAGCCGCAAGGUACGGCAGAGCAAGUGUUGUCCGAUGGCUUCUUAAAGAGGCAAAGAUGCCGGCAUUGGAUAAGACAAAGAUGGGAGCACUAGCUCUUCAUUACGCCGCAGCCAAGGGUUGUCUCGAUUGUGUCAAACUAUUACUGGAGUCGUGUCCAGAGCUCAGUGCCAACGCACAGAUGGAUAACAACGUGACGCCCGUCUAUUUGGCCGCUCAGGAGAGUCAUACAGAAGUACUGAAAUAUCUGGUAUUACAAUCGGGAGGAUCUCUUCACAUCAGAGCCAAAGAUGGUAUGUCACCCCUUCACGCGGCCGCACAAAUGGGUGCACUCAGGUGUCUCAAAUGGAUGAUUGAAGAACAAGGAAUUGAUCCAAAUCUUCGAGACAACGACGGGGCCACUGCUAUCCAUUUUGCCGCCAGUCGAGGACAUACCGAUACAUUGAGAUGGCUGCUAAAACACGGCGCCAAUAUUACAUUAGACAAGUACGGCAAAAGCCCACUAAAUGAUGCGGCAGAAAAUGAGCACUUGGAGUGUCUCAGUUUAUUGAUAUCUCACGCAUCAGAUCCGAGAAACCAGAGCGACAUUAAUUUAAGUCAUAGUCAAGGCUUUAUUGCCACUAAUUUAAGCCCUAAUGCAUCACAUUUGAGUAGUCGAUCCCAAUAUAGCCGGUGUACGUGUCAUCACAGUCCGGGCUCAAGAAAAUUGUCGUCAAAAAGUGAACCGGAAGUCCAAUAUUCUGCAAUCCCUAAGAAGCAAGAAUUAUGUGGUUGUAAUUCAUCGUCAAGUGAUGAAUACCAGUGCGAAACGUCCAGAAAUUCUCGUUAUAGUAGAGCUGUUCGUAACAGAAAUGGACCGUACGAUGCAUUGAUCACCGGUAGACCAAUGUAUGAACAACACAAAAGAAGAGCCGAUUCCAAACACUAUUAUCCCAAAGGAAUAUCCGAUUCCGAGACCAUCAAUAAUGAUAGACUACUCAAGAGUCCGGCCUCUAAUCACCGCCGGUGCAGAAGCAACAGUAGUCAGAGAACUAAUGACAGCGGAAAGGAUUCGGCGGCCAACAGUCCGUCCCAAUUGAGUUCCUGUUGUGCCGAACCAUUCUAUCUGCACGAACCACACAUGACAUCCAAUGAUAGAGUCAAACAAUUGUUUGAAAAAGAAAAAAGAAAUGGUUCCAUAUCUUCGAGGAUUAAAGACGAUUACGUUUACAGCUCAAGACAUAACAAACAUUUGGCCGAAGUGCAUCAAUCAUCAGAUGAUUGUAUGAGUCUUUCAGAGACCAGUGAUCCCGUACCCGACUACGAUAUCGACGAACCAGAAAGUAGUAAGACAUCAACUCUGACCUCCGAUGACAGCAGUAAUGGCCGAACCGGUCAAUUUGGUGCGCCAUCCAUAUCGUCGUCAGAGGUGUGCAGCACCAGCACUGAUGAAGGCAUUUAUCAAGAGGUUGAGGACGAGUUGACUGAAGACGAAAGAGAGGGUCGGCUCAACAAAAAUUGUAGGCCAUUGGGACUCAAUAACAAUAAUACGGAGCAAAAUAGCAAUAAAGAGAUUAAAGAGCCGGUCGUGUCGUCAAUAGUUUGUGCCAAUAGUGAAGUGAAGCGUAAAGAAAGUGUUGUUUUUCAUAAUCACGAAACAAAUGAUCAAAAAAUUUAUGAGAAAUCGAGCGAAACGUUGUGUGAAACGAAUAAAUCACAAGAAAACGAGCGAUUAAUUAAGGAAACAGAUUCUCAUAAUAAGACACAAACAGAUAUCGACCACAAUUCACAUACUAAUGACAAUAACAGUGUGUCGUCCCCUAUCACUGUAUGUCCACCCCCUCCUCCACCACCACCUCCGCCGCCACCCAUUCCCGGAAACUUCAUGACAACUAAUGAUGAUUUGGAUAAGAAAAAUACGGAUAAAUCGCAAAAUAGUGAAACUGAGAGAACACCCCGUUAUGAGAAGUUUUCGGUAAAAAAAGGUAAACUACCGGCGCUUCCAUUCAUUCCUCCGCAGUUCUCGAGUCCGCCCGAUUCGGAUACUAACAUAAGACCGUCGGAAUAUCUAAAACGUGUGGCCAAUCGUACUGUAUCUGCAUUUCCAGUUCCCAAAUAUGGUUAUUUAAAUCAAAACAAAUACUAUGGCAUUGAACGCAAAAUUCAAAGAAGUGUAUCCGAAAAUCAUUUGUAUGUUAGCAAUGACUACGAAAGUAUUAAAGGAAUUUCUGAUAACAGUGACAAUGAAGACGACGAUGAAAUCACUUCCACCACAACAGAUGUCUACUGUUCUGACUCUAAUGUCAGCGAAACAAAAUCGGUGGCCAAGAGUGAGGUUCCAAGUGUUUGUUCGGCAAAGAUUCCAAUUUCUCCCGUUUCGACACUUUCUGCCAACUCGUCGGUUGCAUUCAGUGUAACCAAAGAAGACUUGCAAAAGGUCUUCUUAAAGAAGACUGAAAAGCCAACCAAUGAACGAUCGGUUUUGUUGCGGAAGAAUGAUUUGAUUGAAGAAUUGAAAGCAACUAAAGAUUUGGAAGGAAUUAAGAAAGUGAGGGAACAAAUGAAGAGUAAAAAUGAGGUCAAAGAGAAAAUGGCCGAAAUUGCGGUCAACUAUCAAACGGAGAACUUUAUGGAUAAGAUUCCCGAUAAAGAUCCAAAAGGUGUAGUUAUUCCUCAAUGGAAACGACAAAUGUUGGCCAAAAAGGCGGCCGAAAAGGCCAAGAAAGAAGCCGAAGAAGCAGUGGUUCGAGAAUUGGAAGAGAAAAGAGUGAACGCUAUACCAGAGUGGAAGAAAAAACUCAAGAAGAAGGAAGAAAUCAAUACAACUGCUCCUAAAUAUAUAAAGGUGAAGACAUGCUCUAAUGGUUCACAAGACAUCCAAAAUGAAGAACAAAAAACAACACCAGUUUUGAAAAAUUUCUUAACAAAAGCUAAUUCGGGACCAAAUUAUAGCAAUAAUAGUAAAGUCAACGUAAAUGAAAAACAGUUACAAGAAAUAAACUUUUCUGAAUAUAAAGAAAAUGAUAUCAAAGAGGAAAUUUGUAAUCAUAUUAAUGAUUUGGCGAAUCCAUUCCUCAAGAACUUUCAAUUGAGAAAAACAAAUAGCAUUUACUGGUAA